AUGUGGAAGUUGAAGAUUGCUGAAGGCAAUGCACCCUGGCUAACAAGCACCAACAACUACAUUGGAAGACAACACUGGGAGUUCGAUCCUGAAGCUGGAACUACCGAAGAGAGAGCUGAAGUUGAAAGAAUGCGGAAGGAGUUCAAGACUAACAGGUUUCGGAGGAAGCAAAGUGCUGACCUCCUGAUGCGCUUGCAGCUAAGAAAGGAGAAUUCUGGUGGUCCUCCAAUUCCACCAGCUAUUAAUUUCAAAGAGACUGAGGUGUUAACGGAGGAGGCCGUGACUACUACUCUAAGGAGAGCGAUCGGCUUCUACUCAACUAUCCAGGCGCAUGAUGGGCACUGGCCAGCUGAAUCUGCUGGUCCUCUAUUUUUCUCACCUCCACUAGUUAUGGGCUUAUAUAUCACCGGAGCACUCAAUACAGUUCUUUCACCAGAACAUCAGAAAGAGAUUGUUCGUUACUUGUACAACCAUCAGAACGAAGAUGGAGGAUGGGGACUACAGAUAGAGGGCCAUAGUACAGUAUUUGGUUCUACCUUUAGCUACAUUACGUUGAGGUUGCUAGGGGAAGGACCUGAAGAUGGGGAAGAUAAAGCCAUGGCCAGAGGUCGCAGAUGGAUCCUUGACCAUGGUGGUGCAGUUGGAACACUAUCAUGGGGAAAGUUUUGGCUGGCGGUUCUUGGAGUAUAUGACUGGGAAGGCUUGAAUCCAAUCCCUCCAGAGCUCUGGUUGCUUCCUGAAUUCUUUCCAGUUCAUCCAGCCAAAAUGAUGUGCUAUUGCCGCUUGUUUUACAUGACCAUGUCAUACUUGUAUGGAAAGAGGGUCAUCGGUGCAAUAACUCCACUGGUACAUUCUCUAAGAGAGGAGCUAUACACCCAACCAUAUCACCAAAUAAAUUGGAUCGAUGCGCGAAAUACCUAUGCAAAGGAGGAUGUAUACUACAGACACCCAUUAGUACAAGACAUGCUGUGGGGAUUCCUUUACCACUUUGCUGAACCAAUUUUAACACGAUGGCCAUUUUCUAUACUGCGAGAGAAGGCUUUGAAAAUGACAAUGGAACGUAUUCAGUACGAGGACAAAAACAGCAGAUACAUUGCCAUUGGAUGUAUAGUGAAGGUGCUCUCCCUGCUUGCUUGCUGGGUAGAAGAUCCAAAUUCAGAAGCAUUCAAAUGCCAUCUUGCUCGCAUACCUGAUUACUUUUGGGUAGCAGAGGACGGCCUGAAAAUGCAGAGUUUCGGUAGCCAAACAUGGGAUGGAGCAUUAGCAGUUCAGGCAAUCUUAUCCAGUAAUCUCGCUGAAGAAUAUGGGCCAACACUUAAGAAAGCACAUGACUUCAUAAAAGCAUCACAGGUGCAAGAUAACCCUUCAGGGGAUUUUGUCAAAAUGCAUAGGCACAUUUCUAAAGGAUGUUGGACAUUUUCAAUGCAAGAUCAUGGUUGGCAAGUAUCAGACUGUACGGCAGAAGGAUUAAAGGCUGCACUUCUUCUAGGCCAAUUGCCACUAGAACUUGUUGGGGAAAAACUUGAAACAGCGCAUGCAUAUGACGCUGUGAAUGUUAUUUUGUCUCUACAGAGUAAAAAUGGUGGCUUUCCAGCCUGGGAGUCGGAGAGAGCAUAUCGUUGGAUGGAGAAGUUCAAUCCUACUGACUUUCUUGAGGAUGUUCUUAUCGAGCGAGAGUAUGUGGAAUGCACAUCUUCAGCAAUUCAAGCACUAUCACUCUUUAAGAAAUUGUAUCCUGGACACAGAAAAGCUGAAGUUGAAAGUUGCAUCUCCAGAGCCAUAGAUUAUAUUGAAAAUGAACAAGAAGAUGACGGUUCAUGGUAUGGUCGUUGGGGAAUUUGUUACACCUAUGGGACUUGGUUUGCAGUGGAAGCGUUGGUUGCAUGUGGCAGGGACUAUGACAACUCUUCCGCACUUCGCAAGGCAUGUAAAUUUCUGCUAUCAAAGCAAUUACCUGAUGGCGGAUGGGGAGAGAGUUAUCUUUCUUGCUCAAACGAGGUUUACACCAAUCUGGAAGGAAAUAGAUCGAAUCUGGUACAAACUUCAUGGGCACUGUUGGGCCUCGUUGCUGCUGGACAGGCCAAGAUUGACCCAACUCCAAUAAAUCGUGGAAUAAGAUUACUAGGAAGUUCCCAAAUGGAAGAUGGUGACUUUCCUCAGCAGGAAAUGACAGGGAUAUUCAUGAAGAAUUGCACUUUGCACUAUUCGUCUUAUCGAAAUAUAUUCCCUACUUGGGCUCUUGGUGAAUAUCGGCGGCGUGUGCUCAUUGCAUAGUUUCCUCCUUUUCUGAAAUUUACACCACAAAGAAGUGGUGGGAUUUGUAAGUCAACGUGAACUAUUUAAUUUGUCCCUUAUAAUUGGAAAAUACUAGUUGCUGUAUGCACUCUAUGCAUGGUUGUCAUGAAUGUGGA